UAUAUACAAAAAGAAAAAAACUCUAGAUUCUAAAUCAUGGGUAUUCAUAACAUUGCAUCAUGUUUAGCCGCCAUCCUCAUCCUCCUCUCGCAGUUGCUGGGUACGACCAGCCAAACGGUUUGCCGACCGGCCUGUGAAGCUAAACCACCUUUCAACUGUGAUGACACACUUUCAUUUAACCGAACUGAUUUUCGAAAAAAUUUCACCUUCGGUGCAUCCACUUCAGCAUAUCAGAUUGAAGGUGCUGCAUAUAGAGCGUUCAACGGGUGGGAUUAUUUUACUCACAGAUAUCCAGAAAAAGUUCCGGAUCGUAGCAAUGGAGAUGUUGCAUGUGAUUCAUAUGAUCUGUAUAUGGAAGACGUUAAGCUCCUGAAGAGAUUGAAUGUCCAAGCUUAUAGAUUCUCAAUCGCCUGGUCAAGAGUUCUACCGAAGGGGAGACUAAUCGGAGGAGUUGACGAGAACGGGAUCACGUACUACAACAAUCUUAUCAAUGCAUUGAAAGCCAACGGCAUAGAACCAUUCGUGACAAUAUUCCAUUGGGAUGUUCCCCAAACUCUUGAAGACGAGUACGGAGGUUUCCUGAGCCGACGGAUAGUAGAGGAUUUCAAGGACUACUCGGAGCUCCUGUUCCAAAGAUUUGGGGAUAGGGUUAAGUUUUGGAUAACAUUGAAUCAGCCUUAUUCUCUUGCAACCAAAGGGUAUGGGGACGGGUCCUAUCCACCGGGUCGAUGCACAGGAUGCGAAUUCGGCGGAGAUUCAGGAACCGAACCAUAUAUCGUUGCCCAUCACCAACUCCUUGCUCAUGCCGAAGCCGUCGCUCUCUACCGAGGACGUUACCAGAAAUCUCAAGGGGGCAAGAUUGGAACCACCCUCAUCGGCAGAUGGUUCGUCCCUUUGAAUGAUUCUAGCGAUGCGGAUAAAAGAGCUUCUCGCCGGGCAUUUGAUUUCAUCGUCGGAUGGUUCUUGGAUCCGUUGGUCUUUGGAGAUUAUCCGAAAAUCAUGAAAACACUUGUUGGAGACAGGUUACCGAAAUUCUCACCUGCAGAGUCCAAGCUGGUUAAUGGAUCCCUCGAUUUUCUUGGCUUGAACUAUUACGUGACACAGUACGCGACCGACGCACCGCCUCCUUCUCCAACACAACCCGAUGCCUUGACCGAUCCACGAGUUAAUCUCAGUUAUUAUCGUGAUGGAGUUCCCAUUGGAGUGCCGGCCGCAAGCUUUGUGUAUUAUCCACCCGGAUUCCGUCAAAUCCUAAAUUACGUGAAGGAUAAAUACCGUAACCCACCCACUUACAUCACAGAAAACGGAUUCUCCGACAUUGGCAAUCUAAGCCUUUCCGAUACUCUUGCCGAUGACGGAAGAAUCCAAUGCCAUUGCAGUCAUCUUUCGUGCCUCAAAUGCGCGAUCGAGGAGGGAUGCAACGUAGCCGGUUACUUUGCGUGGUCGUCGAUGGACAAUUACGAGUUCGGGAAUGGUUACACGCUUCGAUUCGGUAUGAACUGGGUCAACUUCACCAAUCCUAUCGACAGAAGGCAAAAGGACUCGGGCAAAUGGUACUCCAAGUUCAUCAAAGGAUAAUAAUAUUGUCCGGAUCCAUGUAUUAAUAAUACGAUUUGUAUGCAUGACAGCCGUUUGUAUCUCUUGUCUUGUGGUUAUGUAAUAAUAAGAGGACCUUGUCCUUGUAAUACAUAAACAAAUAA